CAUUCAGUUUUUGAGUCUUGCUAAAUUCAUACGUUCUCAUUCGUUUCGUUUUCUAUAUUUAUUUGAAUAAAAACAUAAAAAUUUCUCAAAAAAAAACCGUAUUAAAAUUUGUCCGAAUCCGUAUUGCUUCUUUUUGUUCUCCCAUUUUGUGUGAACCAUCUAAAAGAAAGUAAAGUAAGAAACGGUAGCCCUGUAAUAACGUUUUUGAUAUAUGAGAGAACAGAACGAUAACAAAUAAAGAAGAAAACUUUACGAAAGGAAGAGGAGUGAAACUCUUGCCAAACCCAGUAAGAAAUAUCUCCAAGCCUUCAAAGUAUUAGAAAAUUCGAAAUACGCCAAUCGAAAAGCUAAGAUGACUGAGAACAUUGUGUGCCACAAGUGCCAGGAGGCCAUCACCAAGCGAAUGAUCACCGCCCUGGGCAAGACGUGGCAUCCGGAGCACUUCCUGUGCCGCCACUGCGAUGAGCAGAUUGUGGACGCCACCUUCAACAUCCAGAGCGGAGAGCCGGUGUGCAGCAAGUGCUUCGUGGAGCGGUACACCUACACCUGUGCCGGCUGCAAGAAGCCGAUCCUCGAAAGAACCAUCUGCGCCAUGGGCGAGAGCUGGCACGAGGCUUGCUUCUGCUGCGGCGGAGCCUGCAAGAAGCCGCUGGCCAAUCAGUCUUUCUAUGAGCGCGACGGCAAGGCCUACUGCAAACAGGAUUACGAAGACCUCUUCGCUGCCAGGUGUGCCAAGUGCGAAAAGCCCAUCACGGAUUCGGCGGUGAUCGCCAUGAACGUGAAGUGGCAUCGCGAUUGCUUCCGGUGCAACAAGUGCGAGAAUCCCAUCACCUCGCAGACCUUUACUAUCGACGGGGACAAGCCCGUGUGCCCCGCCUGCAAUUGCUGACAUCGUCCCAAAUAUCCCAUGUCCUUGCUAUGGCACCACAUUGCUCAUCCAGACUUAACCACUUGUUUCCCUAUACUAAAGAUAAAAUAGUUUCCGAUGCUUAAAAGGCCAAGAUGCAUGCAAGAAAUCAGACCCAAACAUUUAACACAAACUAGACAAUACACGAACACUAAAUAAAAAGAUUAAGGUGACCAGA